CUUCCCCGACUCUGACCCUUCUCCCUUUUGACCUUUACAAAAACUCAAAAGCUUCAAUCUUUUGAAUUUUCACAAAUCCAAAACCCAAAAUUCAGCUAAAAUCCCAAAUCCGAAUUCCAAACAAACCAUAACCCAGUUCUCAGAGCUCAAUCCAAUCAGCCAUGGCGUACGUUGAUCAUGCGUUUUCGAUUACAGACGAAGACAUGAUGAUGGAGGACUCCUACACAGUCAACAACAAGCCUCCCAUCAAGGAGAUCGCUCUCGCCCUAGCCCUCCUCGUCACCGGCACUCUCGGCCUUGUUAUCGGCAUCCUCAUGGCCUAUAACCAUGUCGGCGGCGACAAAGCUCACGGGUUAUUUUUUGCAAUACUUGGUGGGAUCUUGUUUCUUCCGGGGUUCUAUUACACGCGGAUUGCUUACUAUGCGUAUAAAGGGUACAAGGGCUUCUCUUUCUCAAACAUUCCACCUGUGUAGUAGCAGUAAUCCAUUAGUCCAUUUCCUCCGCUUCCAACUUCACAUGUACAGAUCCCUUCUUAAUUUUUAGUGAUUUUGUUGUAAUGGGCUUUGUUUAUUUUUGUUAUUUUUUAACUGUGCUUAUUAUAUAUACUGAUUGUUCUUAAUAGAGGAAGAGUUUCUUGCUUAUGUAUAAUCUUUAUCUGGCCAAAUAGUGAACUUAUACUCAUUAUCUUGUUACCUGAUCUGUGUAGGGGAAGUACUCAAUACAUACAUUCUGAGUAAAUAAAAGGGGCUGUGUUUUGUUCUAA